GCUGUCUUUGUAGUACAUGUAAUUGGUUUACGGACAUGGUGAAGUGUGUCAGCCAGUUGCUCUAUCACAUGCAUCCGUAGUUCGCUGGUUAACACCGGAAAUCUGCUCCUAUAAUGUAAUAGUGAAAGCCCACACGGCUUCCCAUCACGGCACAGCCCUCUGUCACAUGGCGCGCCGUUGGUUUUCACUGUGGAUAGAGUUGGGGGGGGAGACGGGAUAAAGGAGUCUGCAGGCAGAGGAGGAUAACGCGAUAGAAGGUUGCAGGAUCUUAUUUACCGAGUAGGUCUUCUUAACCACUUUUUUUUAAAUUGAUAUCAUCUUUGUGUCAUUUUGUUGCGCCUUGAAGUCAAAACUCCGCCAUAUUCAGUCCACCACGCCCGGAGCGUCAGCUACCACAGUCGCCGUUGCAGUCUGCUCAACUUAUUGCACAAAGUUAAUUUCCCCUUUUACUGGAGAGGAAGAAGGUGAAGUUGUAACCAGGAAUGAUUUUGAGCUCCGUGGGGGCAUGCUGCCUCAGCCCGGAGGCCAAAGAGGCUCGGAGGAUCAACGAUGAGAUUGAGAGGCAGCUCCGCCGGGACAAGAGGGAAUCCCGACGGGAAUAUAAACUCCUUUUGCUGGGAACUGGUGAAAGUGGCAAGAGCACGUUCAUUAAACAAAUGAGGAUCAUCCAUGGCCGUGGAUACUCUGAUGAAGACAAGAGAGGCUUCAAACAGCUGGUGUACCAGAACAUCUUCACAGCCAUGCAGGCCAUGAUCCAGGCCAUGAACGUACUGCAGAUCCCCUACAAGUAUGAGCACAACAAGGCCAACGCCACAACUGUCAAUAAGGCUGAUGUGGAAAAGGUGGUAACAUUAACCAACCCAUACAUUGAUGCCUUGAAGAGCUUGUGGAGCGACCCGGGAAUUCAGGAAUGUUACAAUCGGAAGCGGGAAUACCAGCUCUCAGACUCAGCCAAAUACUAUCUGGAUGACUUGGAUCGAAUCUCCGAUACUGGGUAUCUGCCAACUCAGCAAGAUGUGCUGAGGGUGAGGGUGCCCACAACCGGUAUCAUAGAGUACCCUUUUGACCUGGAGGGCGUGGUGUUCAGGAUGGUGGAUGUGGGUGGUCAGCGUUCAGAGAGGAGGAAAUGGAUCCACUGUUUUGAAAAUGUCACUUCCAUCAUGUUCCUGGUGGCACUUAGUGAGUACGAUCAGGUCCUCGCUGAGUCUUCCAAUGAGAACCGAAUGGAAGAAAGCAUGGCCUUGUUCAAGACAAUCAUAAGCUACAAGUGGUUCGAAGAAUCCUCGAUCAUCUUGUUCCUCAACAAGAUAGAUUUACUCGAGGAAAAAAUCAUGUAUUCACAUUUGGUUGACUACUUCCCUGAGUACGACGGUCCUCCACAGGACGUCGACGCGGGGAAAGCAUUCAUAUUAGACAUGUUUGUCAGUCUUAACCCAGAUGAGAAAAAAAUCAUCUACUCCCAUUUCACGUGCGCCACAGACACAGACAACGUCCGGUUUGUCUUCUGCGUGGUGAAGGACCACAUCUUGCAGGGCCACCUGGAUGCCUACAACUUGGUCUAAAAGUGUGGCGGUCUUGUUCUUCUUCUUUUUGCUGUAACUCAAUCGGCUUUGUACACCUGGCAGCCGGGAGAGCUCCUCUGUGGUUCUGUUUGCUUCACGCUGCUGUUGAACUCUUAAAUCCAAAAACAGGAAACGGAGAAGUAACGCGGCUUGUCGUCAAAUGGCUCCACUACUUAUGUAUUUCAAAUUUUCUAGUUACACUCUUCAGUGUCCUCAAGAGCCUCAGAGGACUUGUAAUGUACUGAGUCUCUGCUUCAGGAAAUCUGUGGAAGUGAAUGCAGACUAACUGCAAUGCAGCACCUCACAUCACUAAUCCAAGUUUGUCAUGGUUUGUUUUUCAAGCUAAAAAGUGUUCGAAGCAUCUGAAUGCUUAGGUUGUGUCUUGACUUAAAGGGAACUAGUCGUAAUCAACACUAAUGACACACUGACCUUGUUUACCACUGUUACUUGCACAUUGUAUAUUUUGUAGCGGUGGUUGUGUCGUACUUGCUCCAGUUUUCAAAUUUCAAUUCACUCGAUGCGCCUCACGUUUGUACGGUGUCCCAGAGAGGUCAAACGCUGCAACCUCAGAACUGCGCUGCGACUUAAAAACACCAACAAACCGAAAAUUUCUCCAAAUGCACACAAAACACAUUGGAAAUGAAAAAACAAAGCAAAACACAGAAGCCGAAUAAAACACAGUCGAAGUUAAAUCAGAGCAAAAAAUCAGGUGUUUUUGGGGGAGGCGUUUAUUCGAAGGACCAGCUGCGAAACAUUGUAGGCUUAAAAGGAGCACACGACUCAUCCACGUUGCGAGGGAGAAAAACAUGCAGUGUUUUCAUAUGAUUCAUGUAAUACUGCAGACAGAUGUUUGCUAUUAGCCAUUUAGCACUAGAUUGUUGCCAUUUCUUCAGGUGUUUGGUGACAUACCUCACCAAUAACACUUUUGGGUUUUGUGUGUUUUUCUACUACUGUUGUGUUUUAUUCAAGUUCUGUUGUCCUUUGUGUGCUUUUUCAACAUUUUUCUAUUUGCUGGUAUUUCUUUAGUUUGCAGUUCCUUUGACCUCUCAGGGCCACCGUACAUUGUCUGCAUUGACCCUUUUAAGCCACUUUUUUUGAGCACAGCAUACUUUUUGUUUUUUGUUUUCUAAUUCUAAACAUUUCAAAGUGAUAUUCACAUUUAUUUCUUGUGUCAGUUGUACGCUUGAAUAGCACGUUUCUUCAGUUCAAAGACUGUUUGAUUGGAUUUUUAAGUAUAUUUCUUGCUUUGCUCAAAAGGCUUUACAACUUCCCCUUUUAUUUAUCUAAAGGCAUAGUGUACAUAUUGCAUGGUUGGGUAAUCUCCCACUGUGGUUAUUUUUCUGUCUUUUUACUCACAUCACGGUCAGUGUUGAAACUGCUAAAGGGAGAACUUUUAAAUGUUAAAUCAUCUCUGACGCUUUAGAGAUGGUCUAUUCGCAGGCAUGAAGAAAAAGCUCAUGAGAGUGUAUCCGUAGCACUAUUGUUCACAGAACCUUCUUCACAGGCUAAUGUGUACCAUUUUAUUUAUUGGUAUAUUUCACUAUGACUGUAAUAUGUGAAUGCAGUCUUUUUAAAUGCGAUUGGAUAAAUAAACAAUCUGUUCAUUUUAGG